AAUGGAUAGGGAAGGGAAUCUCUUCGAUGGCGGAAGCAAGGGGCGUAAUAAAAGUCCCUGAGCACCAACAAAAACCACCACCACCACCAACACUUUGUUUACCCUCUACCAAACCUUCAGACUUUUCUUCUUUUCUCUCUCGAUCAUUACAAUUCCUAAAAUUUCAUAUACCAAUUGAUCUAUCGAUCGAAAUUCUUCUAGAAAAUGCUAACAUGCAUUGCUCGUUCGAAGCAGCCUGACGAGGCUGAUGAAUCAGACCGUAGUAAUGGCGGCAGUACUCCUGCCAAUAAACAAGCCAUCAAAACGCUUACUUCCCAGAUCAAGGAUAUUGCGCUUAAAGCGUCUGGAUCAGCGUAUCGGAGUUGCAAUCCUUGUACAGGAACGGCGAUGAUGAUGACUCCGCAACAGCAGUUACAAAAGAGCAACGAUGUGCAAUCGGAUUUAUCGACGUCUGUGUCGGAGAGAUUCCGGUGGUCGUACCGGCGGAACGGGAGCAAAAAUUCGAGUUCCGGCAGGGUGUGGGGAAAGGAAUUGGAAGCGAGGUUGAAGGGGAUAUCCGUGGGGAGCGGUGGAGGAGGAGACGUAUCGGUUGGGACGUUGUCCGCUUCAGCCAGUGGCCGGAGACCCGACCCGAUUGUGUUGGAGGAGGAGAGUGAACCGAAAGAGUGGGUUGCCCAGGUGGAACCGGGCGUGCUCAUCACUUUUGUCUCCCUGCCACGUGGCGGUAACGAUCUUAAGCGAAUCCGGUUCAGCCGGGAGAUGUUUAAUAAAUGGCAAGCACAAAAAUGGUGGCAAGAAAAUUACGACAAAGUAAUGGAACUUUACAAUGUCCAAAGAUUAAACCGGCAAGCGUUUCCCCUUCCAACACCACCAAGAUCCGAAGACGAGAGUAGUAGUUUGAAAUUUGAAUGUAUCGGAGACGGAGACAGUCCGAUAACGCCACCUAUGAGCAGAGAGCGGCUACCUCGUACCUUAUACCGCCCGCCAACGGGAAUAAUGGCAUACUCAUCGUCCGAUUCACUUGACCACCAAAGCUUAACCAUGGUUAGGCCGUCAAACCGUGACUCGUCUGGUUUAACUGCUACUCCAAAAGUAUCGAGUAUUAGUGGGAGUGGGGUUAAAACAGAAACGACGUCAUCCAUGGAUGCAUCUAUAAGAAGCACCAGCUCAUCACGUGAGGCAGAUCGUUCGGGUGAGCUAUCCAUCAGUAAUGUCAGUGAUAUUGAAAACGAAUGGGUGGAACAAGACGAACCAGGAGUUUAUAUCACUAUUAAAGCUCUUCCAGGUGGCUUCAGGGAGCUCAGACGUGUCAGAUUCAGUCGAGAAAAAUUUGGGGAGGUGCAUGCGAGACUAUGGUGGGAGGAGAACAGAGCGAGGAUCCACAAACAAUACUUGUGAAGUUGUGAGAUUGAUCAACAAAAGUUGAUUUAUUUGGUUGAAAUUAAGCGAAGAGUAAAGAGUAUCCUUUUUUGACACACACAUAUUAUAUAUGUUAUAAUUGUAUGAUUAAGUCUAUGUAGAAUCCCCCUAUAUAUGUAUGUGUUUUGAUGCAUGGCGGAUAAUUAAUGAUCAUAUUAUGGAGAACAAAGAGAGAGAGAGAGACAGAGAAUGAUUAUUAAUGUUGUAUUGGAGUGGAAACUUGGAUGGUCUAUUCAAUAUUGUUGAAGAAUAAACCAAAAAGUAGAAGCCAAUUUCUGUG